CCCGAUAUUACGUCACUUCCGUUGGAUAAAAACGCACGUGUGUUGACUGGAACCUUUUGGUGAGAAUUUCCACAUUAGCUACUUCAUGAAUUAGUAAACUUCGAAAAAGUCUGUAUAGUAAACUAACACAGAUGCCGAAAGUGAAGAAAUCGAAAGGUGGAGGUGUUGAGAAAGGUGGCGACGAAAUGGUUGCGCUGGCUGACCAGAUUCUUCAAGGGGAUAUGGUUCGAGUACAUGGCCGAGUGAAGACCAGGGAUCAACGGGUAGAAGAUGAAGACGAGUACGUGGACGAACGCCUAUCAAGGAAGAUCCUGGAGCAGGCACGAAUCCAGCAAGAAGAACUACAGACAGAAUAUGGCUUGGCACCAGAGGUCAAGAAAAAGCAAGCCACUGUUUUAGGGCCAGAUUCUCAGGAUGCAGACUCUGAUGAGGAGUGGCCGGCGCUGGGUGAAGCCGGGGCCGGUGAGGAGGAAGAGGCUAACUGUGGGACAGAAGUGGUGGUUGACCCAGAGGAUGAGAAAGCUAUGCAGAUGUUCAUGAACAAGAAUCCUCCCAUGAGACGAACUCUAGCAGACAUCAUCAUGGAGAAGAUCACAGAGAAGCAGACAGAGGUGGGGACAGUGAUGUCUGAGGUGUCAGGAAGACCCAUGCCCCAGCUGGACCCCAGGAUCAUUGAAGUGUACAAAGGUGUCAACAAGGUUCUGUCAAGAUAUCGUAGUGGCAAGCUGCCCAAAGCUUUCAAGAUCAUUCCAGCACUGUCAAACUGGGAGCAGGUUCUGUACUUGACAGAGCCUGAGACCUGGACUGCUGCUGCUAUGUACCAGGCAACAAGAAUCUUCUCAUCCAAUCUGAAGGAACGAAUGGCCCAACGGUUCUACAACUUGGUGCUACUGCCAAGGAUACGAGAUGACAUUGCAGAGUAUAAAAAACUAAACUUCCACCUGUACAUGGCCCUGAAGAAGGCUCUUUUCAAGCCAGGGGCAUGGUUCAAAGGCAUCCUCAUCCCGCUCUGUGAAUCUGGAACAUGCACUCUCAGGGAGGCUAUCAUCAUUGGCAGCAUACUCACAAAGUGCUCAAUCCCUGUACUGCACUCCAGUGCUGCCAUGCUCAAACUGGCAGAGAUGGAAUACAAUGGAGCCAACAGCAUCUUCCUGCGACUCUUACUGGAUAAAAAAUACGCCCUGCCCUUUCGUGUCCUGGAUGCCCUGGUCGGCCACUUCCUGUCCUUCCGCAGUGAGAAGCGCGUCCUUCCUGUGCUGUGGCACCAGAGUCUGCUCACCCUGGCACAGCGCUACAAGGCCGACUUGGCCUCCGAACAGAAGGCUGCUCUACUGGAGCUGCUUAAGGUGCAGACACACCCCCAGAUUUCUGCAGAGAUCCGUCGGGAGCUGCAGAACUCAGAGUCCCGUGAUCUGGAAACCGCCAUGCCUGUCACAAUGGCUAUGGACUGAGUAUGGAGCUGAGCAAGGCCGCACCCUCUCAGUCUCAGUGCCCACCUUUCCCUUCUUUCUCCCCAACAUACCCUCAUUUACUAAACUGCCCACAACACAUACAUGUGUGAACUGUUUUUCCCAUGCCAAAUGCUCUAUCAUUGCUAUGGAGACAAGAGUAAAAGCUAAAAGAGAUGGAUUACAGAUUAACAUUAAUUCAACAUCCUGACUAUCAGUGAUAUUAUGGAAUUCCUUUCUUAUGUGCAAGUGAGGAUGUAAUUUACAAACCGAAAUACCUAACUGUCGUAAACAUACAUUCAAUUUAUUGAGUGGAAAUGAUAGAGAUGUGUUUGCCAGUUUUUAAGCAAUGUCUGUUUCACAAGUAAAGAUAAUGUAUAAGCAGACUUGUUUGUAUGACUUCAUAAUUUCCAAAGGAAUUUAGAGUAGCAAUAGCACACUGACCCUUUUGGGGGGGGGAAACAAAUAUUUUCAAUGAGUGCAUGUUUGUAACAUGGUUGUGAGCUAAUGGAGGAAAAUUACACAAAAUACUAUUAAAGUGUUACUGGAAAAAUUAACAUUUUGAAUAAAUUGUUUCCUUGCUUUAAAGUGAAA